AUGAAGAUCCAAGUGCAGCCACUCUGUUUUUGGCUUUUACUCACUAGCGAUGUACUCGCUGCAAAGAACUACCAUUGCCCUCCAAUUGGCCCUGUCCUUCCUGCACCAACAGACCCAAGCUCACAUCAAAAUGUGAAACUUGCCAUUGAAGCUAUCACAGAGACUAUAAAGGCUUAUUCGAGCCUCCUGCACAGCACGGCUGUCUCGGUCGGUGUCACGUCAAUUUACGAAGACAAACCAUUGCUGGAUUUUCAUCACACGCCAGAGAAUCUCGAUCCUCGAGGCGUGAGCAAGAUCGAUGCCGACUCGGUUUAUCGCAUUGGUAGUAUCUCUAAGACGUAUACUACCCUCGCUGCGCUUAAACUCAAGGGAGUGGGCAUGCAUGACCCGGUGACGAAAUAUGUCCCUGAAUUGAGAAAGUUGAAUAAGCAGCAGAGUGAGAAUAAUGCGAUUACGACUGUUGAUUGGGAUAAGGUAUCGCUGCAGGCUCUUGCUUCGCACAUGGGAGGCCUGCCUGCUGAUUUGGUGACGGAUUUGACAAGCUUUAGGAAUUGGACUGACCUCGGUCUUCCUGUUCCGCACGAUGUCUUGGGAUGUGCUGGUCUUGUUGGAAUUCCUCCUUGUGAAUCCCAAGAUUUCUGGUAUAAUUUUGGCAAACGACCUCCGACUUUUGCACCUUGGAGCAAUCCCGUGUACUCGAACAUCGCCUUUUUCGUUAUCAGCCUAGUCAUAGAGAGAGUUUCGGGAGAGUCGUUCGAAGACUUUGUGCAGAAGAAUGUUCUUGAUGUCGCGGGGAUGAACAGCACGACUUAUGCGAAGCCCGAUGACUCCGUGGGGGCCAUUGGACCUGAUGAUAUCUUCUGGAAUAGUUCUAUCGGUAUCCUUGGCCCAGGUGGAUCGUUCUACUCAUCAACAAAAGACCUCCUUGCUUUCGGAUCUUCUAUCCUCAAGCAUGAGUUCUUGGACCUGGCAGAAACCAACGAGUGGCUCAAACCUGUGACUUUUACGGGUGGCAGGGGACAGUUUAUCGGCGCGCCAUGGGAGAUUGUGCGAUCUAAUAAGCUGACCUCUGACGAACGGGUGGUCACAGCCUACACCAAAGGAGGCGACAUAGGAACUUAUCAUUCCAUUUUUGCAAUGAUUCCGGACUACGGUAUAGUUAUAAGUGUAUUGGUCGGAGGACCUGAGAAUGCUGGAGGUCUUCCCUAUGUAUUCUUCUCGAUGAUCGCAAAGGCUCUCGUGCCUGCACUCGAAGCAGCGGGUAAAGACCAAGCGAAGAAGGCAUUUGCAGGGACAUACACCAAUGAGGACACAAACUCGACUCUCGUUCUCGACGUUGACGACGAAGGUCCAGGGUUGAGUAUCACAAAGUGGACAGUCCGCGGAACAGAGGUUUCAACACAUUGGCUUCACUACCUCUCCGUGCUCAACCCCAACGUACCCAAGAUCUCACUGUCAGGACGACUAUAUCCUACAGAUCUCAAAGCGGGGGGUAAGACAGCGUGGAGAGCAAUGUUCAGAAUUGGUACGGCGAGUCAGAUUGGGAUGCAGGAGGGGUUGCUGUUCUGGGAGGAUGCGAGUUGUAUGAGUUGGGCGAUGGUGGAUAGAGCAGCGCAUGAGUUUCGGGGAUUAGAUGAGAUGGUGUUUGAGAGUGAGGAUGGAAAGGCUGGGGAGGUUGAGUUGUUGGGAUUUAAGACUACUUUGAAGAGGAGUGACAAGGAGUGA